AUGGGCAACCUGUUCGGCCGCAAGAAGCAGAGCCGCGUCACGGAGCAGGACAAGGCCGUCCUGCAACUGAAGCAGCAGCGCGACCGGCUGCGGCAGUGCCAGCGGAGGGUGGCCCAGCAGCUGGAGCGCGAGCGGGAGGUGGCCCGGCAGCUGCUGCGGGAGGGCCGCAAGGAGCGCGCCAAGCUGCUGCUCAAGAAGAAGCGGUACCGGGAGCAGCUGCUGGACAGGACGGAAAGCCAGAUCGCCAGCCUGGAGACCAUGGUCCAGAGCAUCGAGUUCACGCAGAUCGAGAUGAAGGUGGUCGAGGGGCUGAAGUUCGGGAACGAGUGUCUGAAUAAGAUGCACCAGGUGAUGUCCAUCGAGGAGGUGGAGCGGGUGCUGGACGAGACGCAGGAGGCCGUGGAGUACCAGCGGCAAAUCGACGAGCUGCUGGCCGGGAGCUUCACGCAGGAGGACGAGGCUGCCAUCCUGGAGGAGCUGGACGCCAUCACGCAGGAGCAGAUGGAGCUCCCAGAGGCGCCCUCGGAGCCGCUCCCGGAGAAGCCAGAGAAAGCGGCCGCCAGGGCCCGGCCCCGGCAGGCGGAGCUGGUGGCCGCCUCCUAA